AUGGGCUCGGAAUCACCCAAGCGCAGUGCCGACAUUCCGGGUCAGCCUCGGAGCAAGAAACGAGCCAAGUACACACAGGUAGCAUGCAAUGAGUGCAAGCGGCGAAAGCUAAAAUGCAGCGGAGAGAUGGUCUGUUCGCGUUGCGACCGCGACAAUGUUCAAUGCGUCUAUGUUCCCAACACAUAUGCACUCAGCAACAGAACAAUUUCGUCACCAGAGGUGCAGAUCGAUGAUGAGAGGGUGUCGACCCGACUGAGUACCGUUGACCGUCAGAUUGAGGCACUGCAGCGCGAGAUGCGAGCCAUGUCUGCUCGCCUGCGACAACUUGAAUCAGCCUCCUCCUCAACGACAAACACUACCCCGACGGCUAUCUCAACGGUGUCCCCAUCGUCAACGGCUGCAGGACUCCACCGCAUCAUGAACCGUCCGCAGUCACCGUCCUACGUCGGUCCCACGAGUGCAGAGUUUGGCCUGACUGCGCGCCAACGGCAGCCGGAGGAUUUCGACAGCGGCGACGACCUCGUUUCGACGGCGGUGCAGAGUCCGGCGACCCGGCUUGGAGACGACAUCUCUUCUGACGAUCCGCUGGGGUGUCUAGGUUCUGCUGAGGCGCUCCGUCUCGUCGACGUGUACGAGAAUAUGGUUGGGUUGAUGUACCCUUGCGUGGAUCUGGAAAGCGUGCGUGCGUAUAUUGCGGAAUACUUCCGGGAUAAGGACGGCCUGGGGUCGAGCUCACCGGCUACGCUGGACCAGGAGUGGUUCUUCGCCAGGGAUGUUGAGGUGCUGAAGAUUCUACUGGCGACGGCUUUGUUAGCCGAGUCGCAUGGCCGCAGUGAGAGGGCGGCGUUGCUGGCGGAUAGCGUGGAGGAUCGGUUUGCGACACGGCUCAAGGUCCCCGAGGUGGAUAUGAAGGAGUUGCUCAUUUUGACUUUGCUGUCCAUCUUCCAUUCCUAUCGUGACGACGAAGUCAUCUCCUGGCGGCUUAUCGGCAUGGCGGUGCGAGGAGCAAUGCAACUAGGCCUACACUGCCAAGAGACCUGGCAAAAGACCGGUGGUGUGUUCCCCGGUGAGCUGCAAUGCGAAUAUGCCAGCCGGCUGUUCUGGUGCAUCUACGUGCUCGACCGCAAAUGGUCCUUCGGCACGGGGCUGCCCUUCGCCAUCCAGGAUUCAGACAUGGACACUAAUCUACCCGAACCCGGCACAAGUACCCCCUACCUCACGUGCAUGAUCAACCACGCACGUCUGAGCACCAAGAUCUGGGGCCUAGUCCAAUGGAUCCAGUCUAUUCCCCCAGAGCUACGCUUCGACCCGACCCAAUCGCCAACCCAGUCUGAGCGUGUCGGCCGCCCUGCCACAGUUGCAGCCACUCCACAACCUCAGUCUCAAUCCCACACGCAAACUGAUAGCAUGGUGAUGCUCCAAGUCCUCCUCGCCCUUCAGGCAAACCAACUCCGCAUCCUCGUUUACCGCCAGAACCUUCUCAGCAGCGAGAGCAUCGAAUCCAACGUCUCCGGCGCCUCGACCGCCGUCGAAGCAGCCAAAAGCACAGUCCACAUGCUCGAUUUCUUCUCCCGCGUCUCGCCACUCUACUUCCAACGCCCCGAACCCUUCAAUUACUUCCUCAUCUCGGCAUUGGCGGCACUGUUUCUGGCAGUCCUGCAUGCCCCUGCGCGGUUCAGCCAAGUCUGUCGGCCCGAGUUCUACGCCGCCGUCGACAUGGUCCGGCGGUCGUCGACGCGCGCGCGAACAUCGCGCCGCUUACAGAAAAUCAUAAAGAGCUUGAAGAUGAUCUGGAUGAAUCUCGGGGCGCAGAGGCCCAGGGAGUCAGUGCGGAAGAACGGGGCGAAUCGUCGCACUCCGCUUGCACUGGAUGCUACGGGGACCCCGCUGUCGACGGGGAAUCAUGCCGAGUCGCCGUCUACUCAGAGACCCAUGUCGGGGGUCCCCACGCCGCAACACCCGGGGUCUGCUUACGUGCGCUCCAUGACGUCUCUCACGACGGUUCUUGCAGACGAGACAAGCUGUGAGGACUUGACCAGUUUCUUUGAAAUGGCGGCGAGCGAUGAGGGACUGGUACAAGAUGCCGCGACGGAAGGGUUUGAUGCCUUUCAAGCGGAGGAUGAGGCGUUGACGAGGGUAAUGGCUGGAUUAUUAUAG